AUGGCGCCCCCCUUAGAAAUCUCCAUCCCCACCACCUCAGUCUACACUCCCCCAGCCGACGACGACACCCACAAAUCCCGCAAGCCCUACACCCUCUACAACCUAACCAUCCGCCUGCCACUGCGCUCUUUCGUGGUCCAAAAGCGCUACUCCGACUUCGCCUCCCUACACAGCGAACUAACACGACAAGCGGGCGGCGUCCCACCUCCCUGCCCUCUACCCGCCAAAUCCUGGUUCCGCUCGACCGUCAGCUCGCCCGAGUUCACCGAGGACCGGCGCGCGGGACUCGAACGCUAUCUCCGCGCCAUCGCCGAGCCCCCCGACCGCCGCUGGCGCGACACCCCCGCCUGGCGCGCCUUCCUCAACCUGCCCCCUGCCGGGUCCGUGUCGGUCUCGGGGUUGAGUGUCGACGGCCGCGCGGUGGGCCUGCGUGAGCAGAACAUGGCUGCCGGUGCUGCGGACCCCGGUACAUGGCUUGAUAUGCACCGUGAACUGAAGGCUGCGCUGCAUGAUGCGAGAGUUGCGCUGGGCAGGAGGGAUAAUGCGUUGGAGAAUGGUACAAGGGUGGAGGCGGGCGCGCAGGCGAAGCGGGCGUUGAUUAAGGCUGGGAGUUUGCUUGCUGCCUUAGGGGAUGGGUUGGCGCUCAGGCGCAGGAGGGAUCUGAUUGCUGCGGCCAGGGUGGAGAGGGACGGGUUGGACAAGCUGAGCUCGAGCAUGGCGGUUGGGGGCGGGGCUGCGGGCGGGUCGGAAGGAGGGGUUGCGACCGCGAGUGACAGGGCUGCGCUGUUAGGCGGCGGCGGUGGUGGUGGGAAACAGAGCAUGUCAAGACCCGCGGGCAGGGUGCUGGGCGGCGCGCCGCUGCCCGAGACUGAGCGGACGAGGGAGCUGGACAAUGAAGGGAUGGUGCAGCUGCAGAGGGAUGUCAUGCAGGAGCAGGACGCCGAGGUGGAGGCGCUGGCGCGGAUCGUGCGCCGGCAAAAGGAGAUGGGUCUUGCCAUCAACGACGAGGUCAACCGCCAGAUUGACAUGCUGGACAAGCUGAAUGAGGACGUCGACGUCGUGGGCCGCAAGCUCGGCGUCGCUAAGGACCGCGUCAAGCGGCUAUGA